AUUGUUUGUUGUGCCUCAGAAUUGUUGAUUUUGUUUAUUUUAGUCUUGUCCUCAGAGGGAGAAACCAAAAUAGCACACAGGUCUCCACUGCCACGUGUGGUCUUCUCCCUUCCAAAGUGUGUGUCAUUUACAAAGUACACCUCUUCCCUUGGUUUCCGUUUAUGCGGACACCUGUUCUUGGUUUCUUUCUCAUUUGCUCGUGUUGGUUUGAGAAAAACAAAGAGGCCCUCGUCAACAAUUGAAUAGAUUUUGACGAUUUUCAUUAGAGAUUGAGAAUUUUUAGCAGUUUUGAGCAGGAGGAAAAGGAAAAUGGAGAGCGCACUUCGUGGCCGUUGUUUAGUUUCAAUGGGUUUGUAGAUGGUCAUGUUCUUGGUUGUGUUUGUAGUUUGUUGAAGAGGCUUUAGUUUUUUUUUUUGGAGGUGGGUUUCUUGGUGUUGGAAAUGAGUGAAAAUGAUAAGGAAGAAGGGGUUGUUUUUGAGAUAGCAGUUGCGCUUAGUAAAUGGGGUGAAAGCAAGGGGGAUCAGAGUGAUGAGGAUGAUUGUGUUCAGGUUCUUGUUAAUGAGUUCAGGAAAAAAGGCCUGAUUGUUGAAAGAGUUGUUGGCCUUCAAAAUGAAUUCGUCCGGUUGGCAGCACCACCGGAGAUAUUGGGAAAGGCUGCAGCUGAGUUAAAAUUUAGGAAACGGACUCAUAUAGGAAUGGAUUUUCCAUUUGAAUGGGAUGAGGCAUCAGCUUUUGUUCGACUACCAGAUGGUUCCUUGUUCAGUUGGUGUGAACGAUUCCGUUGCUACAAUCACAUAAUAUAUGGGAUUGUCAACACAGGAAAGUCAAUUGUAGUAUUGAAAUCCGAUUGCACAGGGGUUGACUGGAGGCCGGGGGAAUCUCUACUCCGCAAACUGGAAGCAAUGCGUAUUGUGAAAGAAGUUUUCCCAUUGCAUGAUGAACGGAAGCGGAAGCAGCUUCUAAAAAGUUGGGCAAUGAACUGGUUAGACUUCACAUCACAGCCAAUUGAUGAUAUUUGUUCAUAUUAUGGAAUCAAGAUCGCUACCUAUUUUGCUUUCCUUGGAAUGUAUACAAAAUGGAUGUUCUUUCCAGCUGCACUGGGACUCACUGUGCAGUUUGUGGACUUUGGAUCAUUUCAAUUGCUGGUUCUCCCAUUUUUCUUCAUAUGCCAGAUUUCAUGGGCUGUCGCGUUUUUCCAAUUCUGGAAACGUAAAAACGCAGCCCUCUCAGCUAGGUUGCAGAUAUAUGAUUUAGCUGGGCAUGAAUCUGAAUAUAAAUCUCUGCGAACAGAACAGAGCUUGUCUGCGUCUCCUACAGAACUCAUGAAGAAGCAAAUCUCAGAUAGAAUGAAAGAGAAAGCAAGUUUCCAGAGAGAAGAAUGGUUUAGAUGGUUAAUGAGAUUGAGAAAUGAUGCCUUCAUCAUACUUAGCAUCAUAUGUCUCCAACUACCCUUUGAAUUGGCUUAUGCUCAUCUUUAUGAGGUUAUAGGCUCUGAUCUUCUGAAGUUCUGUCUGACAGCUGUUUACCUCCUCGCUAUUCAGUACUUCACUAGAUUGGGAGGCAAGAUAGCAAUGAAGCUUAUUAAGUAUGAAAAUAAUGAAAAUGUGGAGUACAGAGCAAACAGCUUGGUAUACAAGGUGUUUGGGCUUUAUUUCAUGCAAUCAUAUAUUGGGAUAUUUUAUCAUGCUCUACUGCAUCGCAACUUUAGGACGCUUCGGCAAGUUUUAAUCCAACGUCUGCUUAUAUCUGAGGUGCUGGAGAAUCUAUUGGAAAAUUCUAUACCAUAUCUGUCAUACAGCUUCAAGAAGUUUAGAACUGUCAGGAACAAGCUAAAGUGCGAAAAAGGAUCAUCAACAGGCAAACCACGGCCUAUUCCUAGAAUAGAGAAGGACUAUCUUAAACCUGCUUAUGCUGCAAGUAUUGGCCAGGAAAUCGAAGAUGGACUUUUUGAUGAUUUUCUGGAGUUGGUGUUGCAGUUCGGGAUGAUCAUGAUGUUUGCUUGUGCAUUCCCUCUUGCAUUUGCCUUUGCAGCAGUGAAUAACAUAACGGAGAUUAGAGCAGAUGCCCUGAAAUUGCUUGCAAUGAUGAGAAGGCCGAUACCCCGAGCUGAUGCAACAAUUGGAGCGUGGCUGAAUAUUUUCCAGUUUCUCAUAGUGAUGUCGAUUUGCACAAACAGUGCACUCCUAGUGUGGCUGUAUGAUCGGGAAGGAAAAUGGCAUUUGUCACCUGGACUUGCAGCAAUUCUUGUCAUGGAACACGUGCUUUUAUUCAUUAAAUUUGGAUUCUCGCGCAUCGUUCCUGAGGAACCUGCAUGGGUAAGAGCUGCACGGAUGAAGAACGUAACUCAAGCAGAAAAAAUGUGCUCUAAGCAAUUCUUGAGGAGCAUUUCAGGUGAUGAAAAAUGCUAUGGGGGAAAGAAAAAGGAUGAGUAGACGGGAAGCCUUACCAUUAAUUCCAUUUCUGGGAAUCACGAUACUGUUGGCUGGGAGAAGUUGGAUAAGAGCGAUUUUCUUGGCCUCGUUAGUAGUACAGUCAUUUCGAGCUACCUUCGUUAUCCUUGGGUGUAGGCCAAAGGUUUUCAUCGACUUGGAACCUUGUCUUUUUGUAGUUUCUUGCUGCUUGAUGAACUAUACCUGAUUAGCUGUUGUCUGUAAGAACUAGUUUGUUGUAAAGCUUUUGUACAAGGGUGAAACUCUUAAUUGGCAAUGGUAGGCGGACUCAAGAAUAUGCAAGUAUUCUUUGGAAAGAGAAAGCUGAAAUAUACGUCAAAAUAUAUUAUUGGAUAAAAGCUAUACAUUGAUGAAAUUUGAAAAUGGAUCGGAUAUUGACCUAAUCAAGCAUCUCUUGAAUCACCAGAAAUACACACAACAUACACAGUUAGUCUGGUCAGUUCCACAGUUGUAACAGUAGUCAUCUGCCGUCCUUGUAUUGAACACUUCUUCAUGCACUUCUUCUUGAUCAUC